GACGCUGACUGAGAGGCUUGGCGAAGAGAACGGCAGAAUUAAACUACAAAGCUAGAUUCAGCUUUCCACACUUGAACUACUCCUCUGAACAAGCUGCCCUCCCUCCCUCUUGCUUUCCGGGGAAAUAUGUGUCUCCUGUUCCCGGCACUUCUCUUUGUCCUCCUUGCCUUUUAUUCUCCCCCAUCCCUUUUCCCAUUCGUCGAGGGCACAAAGUUGUGUCCCCACCAGUGCAUCUGUUACGAGCACGCUGACCUGGUGGACUGCCGUGGCCGUGGGUUCGAGCAUGUUCCCAGGGGCCUCCCACACGGCACGUGGCUGCUGGAGCUGGGAGGAAACAAUUUGAGCGAGAUUGGCUCUCGAUCCUUCACUGGACUGUGGUCCCUGCGGGUGCUGGUGCUGACCAACAGCCAGAUACAAGAAAUACAACCACAGGCAUUUCUCUCUUUGUCAUACCUGGAGAAGCUGGAUCUCAGCUGGAACCAGUUAUCAUCUCUCCCUGUCGACUUCUCAGCCAGCCUGCCUGCUCUCAGAGAGCUGCGACUGGAGCACAACAACUUGUAUCAUAUAUCUGGAUCCAGCUUGGAGUAUCUGGACAACAUGGAGAAGCUGGACCUCAGUCAUAACCAGCUGGCGUCGGUUGGCCCCGGCGUGUUCAGGGGCCUCUCCAGGCUUAGACAGCUCUACUUACACAACAACAGACUGACAGUAGUGCAGCAGGGGAGCCUGGACAUGCUGCCUGGACUAGAGGUGCUCCAGCUGAGUAACAACAACAUCUCUCUGAUAGACACUGAUGCUCUGGCUCCUCUCUACAGCCUGGCAGUCCUCGCUUUGGAGGGAAACAGCCUGCACCACCUGAAGUUUAAAACCUUCAUCAGCCUUCAUACAACAGCUACACACAUCCAGCUGUCAGGCAACCCAUGGAGCUGUGACUGCGAGCUGCAUCGUGUCUUCAGUAAGAUCUUGCACGUUCGCCACCUCCACAUCGACGACUACCACAACGUGACGUGCCACGACCCGCCGCAGCUGGCCGGGGCUUCGCUGGCCUGGGUGGACAGCCAGCUCUGCGUGGCAGAAACAGCCACCGUACUCGUCAUCACUGUCACAGUGCUGGUCACCGUGGUGGCGGCUUUGGUGAUGGCGGAGAGGAACAGGAAGAGGAACCGUGGGAAGAACUGGGACACUGAGUCACAGGCGCAAACGUAGAGCCUACCGCCCCGAGAACCUGUAUGAUAAACAGUGAGAGGUAGUGACCUAACCAUGUGAACACCCUGAAGCCUGGUUGACACAAUUAGACGAUUACUUGAAUGGACAUUCCCUUUUUCCUUUGAUAUUCAAACAGGCGAUAGAGUGGACUGUAUGUCUAGAAGACCUGAAGGACACUACAAGUGUGGUUUGAGUUUUUGCUCACGUUUUCACUUUAAAGUAUAUUUUCCAUAUUGUUAAAGCUCCAAUGUGCAGACUUAAAAAAUAGAAUUCAAGAGAACAUGAUGCAGCUCUUAGAUUCACCAAAUCCUCCACAGAUUAGAAAAACAAUGGUCAAAAUUUAAUGCAACAGAGGCAGAAAAAUCCUGACUUAUGUUCGGUCCCCCAGUGGGGGAACACCAAGACUGGGUAUAAAAUUUCCCAUAAUUCAAGUCAAUAAAGUAUUUCAUUAGAUCCCCCCUGCCUGGUAAACACCCACAUAUUUCAAACUCCAGACAUCCAGUUUCUAACACAGUUUUUUUGACAUCAUAAGGACUACUAUGAAUAACAGUUUAUUUAAUACUAUCCUUGGUAGAAUCAUAUGUUGAUGAUGUGAUUUCAUAAUGCUCUGCAAAUAAUUGUAGAAAUAAAAAAAGUUAAUUAUUGCAAUAGUAAUACAAACUUUAAUAACAAUACUCAUAUAAUAAUCAAUCUUAUUUUUAUAAUAACAUAGGCUGUGUUUAAAAACAAAAUUAGUUAUUGAAGUUUUGAAGUAUGCCUAUGGCCGCAAUGUCGAACAGUGGAUCACAGUUCAUUGCAAGUUAGGUUAGGUUAGUAAGGAUUAUUUUAAAUUAAAUUUUGCAUAUCAAGAUAUAUAUCUACAGUAUAUCCAUCUCAUCCUUAAUAAUAUCAUGAAAAUUAUUAAUUAUGAAUUAUUAUUACCAUAUGUUUUUAACCAGGAGGAUUUAGAGGGCAGUUAAGAAGUAGCAUUAGCUGCUAACGCUAGUGUUAGCUAGUGCGUUGACAGUUUCUAUCAUUAACUUCACUGACCUUUGUAACAUACAAAGCAGGGCUGAGAAAAGAAUACAAAAAAGGCCCUACCUGCUCUACCAAGAAAUAAAAACUAAGAACAAUAAAUUACUAUACCCUCCCCUUCUAAUCAUGUUGUACAGUCCCUGAGCAUUUGGUAUUUUCUUUGAAACAAUAAUUAGCCUAUCAAACUAUAUUUUCAGCCAGCAUUGAUGCUUCACAGAUGACGCUCAUAACAAUAAAUUGCAAACUUGUAAUUUUA